UUGAAAUAUAUUUUAAGAAUUACAUAAAUAUAUCCACUUUGAAUGUCAUCAAACUAUCAAAAUAAAAUUAUAUUUGAUGAAUAAAUAAAAUAAGAAUAUAUUCGACAUAUUUUUAUGGUAUAAAUAAGCUCUUCGGGUAUGUAGCAAUGAGGAUCGACCCGGAUAUUAUAUAGAAAAAAAAACAAGUAGUGGUGGUCUAUACAAUUGUUAUAUAGUCCCUGUUCCCUGUUACAAACGCACACACACACAAACAAUGAAUAUUCCGAAAAUUGUAUCAUGAAAUUCGUUUAUGCGUUUGUCCGGUACUGAGCAUCUUCAUCUUUAACGAAAAAAAACAAUAACAACAUUAAUCGAAUAAUAACAAGAAUUCGCUACACGAAAACGUAAAAAAUUUUACGAAAAAAAAAUACCGAAACCAAAUACGGAUGUGGAUAUUAUUACAAAACGGUUAUCUAUAUUCAAGAAUGUAUUAUAAUAAAAUUCGUGAUACAGCCUAUUAUUGGUGGCAUACAUAUCUUUUAUUUAAAUGUUGUCUAUUGGUCAUACCAAUCUAUUCAUUUCUAUUAUUGAUCGGUUUAUAUUGUAUAUUGUAUAAUAUCGAUGUACAAUCACCAUUGAAAACCAUUUAUGAAUUGUUGAUAUUAUUCUUUUCGGCUGCUGCCAUAUUCAUUAUCGUUUUAUUAUUGGCAACAUUGAAUGGUAGCCAUAAUAAUAAUAAUAAUAAUACUAAUAGUUCAAAUAUAACCACCAUUGAUGAUAAUUUUGAUUCGGAAAUCAUUUCAGAAUCAUUAUCAGCACGAAGAAAUUAUCAUCGUAAUAGUAAUAGUUAUGAUUUAAAUGAUUCUGAUGCAUCGGAUGAUUCACCAAAUGAUCGACGAAGAAGACGAUCAAAUUAUUCACGCCAAUAUCGACAACAACAACGACUAUCACAAUCUACAAAUAAAACAACAGGAGUUAAAUCAUUAGCAUCGAAUAUAAUGACAACCUUAUUUGGUGAUUUUGAUGAUCCAGAUUAUUGUUAUGGCAAUUCUGAUGUUGAAAUUUCUAUGGAUCCAUCAAUCAUUAAUGAUACGGAUCUAUUGGCUGCAGCAGCCGCUGCAGCUGAAAAUGAUGAUGAUCCUGAAGCGUUGGCCGCAACAUUGAAUGCAGCACAAUCACGACUGUUUGCAGCAAUUGAUCAAACGGCUGAUAAUUUAGAAUAUUUUCUCGAUCAUUAUGAUGAACGAUGUCAUAAUAUCGAUGAAGAUCGAAUAUUUGGAUGUCGAAUUAGAAAUGAUGACGAAGAUGAUGAUUAUGAUGUAGGGCCACAACAAAUUAUCGCAAAUCCAUUGUUAGAAUCAUCUAAAUUAACUGCAUCAACAACAUCAACAUCAUCAGUAGCGAAUAGAAUGGAAACAAUUAAUCCAUCCACUGUAUUACAAAUGACAAUUCUCGACGAUGAUGAUCGACCACCAAGUUAUGAAGAAGCGAUAGGAAGUAGCAAUAAAUUCAUGUAG